GAGGAGUCCGCGUCGGCGACGUGGAUCAGGAAGCGGAGGAGGAGGAGAAGAAGAAGAAGGAGGAGGAGGAGAGGAAAAAGGGGAGGAGGAGAGAGAGCUAUAUCGUGGCGUGGGAAUCAGAAGGGAGAGACCGCCUCGGCACCCCUCUUUUUCGGGGCUCCCUUUCAGGGGGUGAGUUUCGCAACCUCGGGCACGUAGCAGUCGUGGCCGAGGACGGUGGUAAUCGCCACUUUUCUUCCGUUCCGUCGUCGAUCCGCUCGUCGUGGAUCCCCGUGUCCGUCGUCCGACGCCUACGCGUAUCUCGAACUCGUGAUUCAUCUUCGUUCGGGAAUUUCGGUGCUCUCGAUAGGAACAAGUUUGGUUGAUAUGAAUGCUUGUCGCAAGGAAGAUCACGGUGAACGGGACGAUUUAACGAUUUAUCCUGUGUUUCAAUAAAGUGUGACGAUAGUUCUCUCUCCAUUUCUUUAUUCUCUUUUCUCUCCAAGAGAUAAGAGACUGGCGGACGAGGAAUUCUUGGCAAGAGGAAUUCUCGCGAUGAUUAUUAAGAUAGGAUGGUAGAAUUGACGUAUCCCGCGGUGGAAAGCGAAGAAGAAAGGGUCAAAGUGGACGAGGUGGGAGGCAGUACGGUGGUAGCCGAGGGUGUCGUAGGCGGCAUAAAGGGCCCAGGCGGCGGGUGCCGCGCAUCCUCGAUGACGAUGGCCGAGAGCGCCGUGGAGGACGCUGCAGCCGCGCCCCCGGGUCCGGCCAAGCCGCCACCGCCCUCCUGCACCAACAACAACACCCUCGCGGCGACGGCCAACCGGAACCAUCGCAACCUCCGCCGCCGGAAACGACUCGACCAGGUCCUCGACAUCCUCCAACACCGGAGCUCGCCCUCCGAGGGCGAGGUGUUGAGGUUCGAGGGUAGCGGCCCCGCGUCCGAGGAGGAGGAGGACGUGUUCGGCUCCCCGAGGUCGUCUUCCAGAUCGGCCGCCGACCCGCCGUCCGGCAUCAGCCUUCUACCCCUCAGGUUGAAGAGCGAGGAGCCCGCCACGCCUACCGGCGAGGACCAAGAGGACGGGUCGAGCGCCAACCAGUCGACCACCGCCACCACCGCCACCACCACCAUCACCACCACCAUCACCACCACCACCACCACCACCACCACCGUCACCACCAACAACAACAACAACAGCAGCAACAGCGGCAGCAGCAACAACAACAACGACGACGAGGAGGGCGACAACAACGGCGAAGGGACGCAGCAACAGCAGCAACCGCAGCAGCAGCAACAGAAUCAUCACUCGCACCACCACUCGUCGCACCACCACCGCCACCGGCACAGGCAUCACCACAGGAACAACGCCAACCACCUGGCUUACGACCACCUCCACCCCCCUCAUCAAAGAUCCUCGGCACCCAAAUACGCGGGCUGCACCUGCGUCCAGUGUUCCCAGUCCCCCACUCCCCCCAUGGUGCUCCCCUCGCCCACCUCCCCGCUCACCCCCCUCACGCCCCUCACCCCGUUAACCCCGCUCACCCUGCCCCCGUUAACGCCAGGAUCUCUCUCGUCGUACAGUUUCGAGCACUACAUGCACACCAAGUACCUGCCGGAUAUAUUCAGGGGACGGAGCCACUCGGACUCGGACCUGGUGCCGGGAUGGGAGCAGAAGCCGCCGCUCUCCACCGCCUCGUCCGUGUUCGUCAACCACCCGUUGAGGACCGGUUUCUUGGAGAGCGACACGACCAGCCCCCAGGAGUCCCCGCUCGACCUCUCGAUGAAGAACCUGAUGGCGUCGGCCGCGGCGGCAGCCGCGGCGGCCGCUGCGGCCGCCGCCGCAGCCGCCGCCGCCUCGGGCCGCCCGCCCGCCCUCCAGCUGCUCCCGCCCGGCAUCGUGUCGAGGGGCUCGGUGAGCGUGCCCGUGGUCAAGGGGGACGUGGCGUCGCCCACCACCAAGGAGAGCGUCGCCGUCAGAUACAACCUCGAGGUGUCGCCCGUCGUGGAGGAGAUGCCGCCGGGGGCGGACGUGGCGUACGUUUGCCCCGUGUGCGGGCAAAUGUUCAGCCUGCACGAUCGUUUGGCCAAGCACAUGGCGUCGAGGCAUCGCAGGCAGGGGCCCCAGGACGCGUCCGCCAAGGCCUACCUGUGCGACGUGUGCAAGAGGAGUUUCGCGAGGUCGGACAUGCUCACCAGACACAUGAGGCUGCACACGGGGGUAAAACCGUACACGUGCAAGGUAUGCGGCCAGGUAUUCAGCAGGUCGGACCAUCUGAGCACCCACCAGAGGACGCACACCGGCGAGAAGCCGUACAAGUGUCCCCAGUGCGCGUACGCGGCCUGCCGCCGGGACAUGAUCACCAGGCACUUGAGGACCCACGCAAGAUUUCCCGACGUUCAGACGCCUAAGAGCGAGCCCGGCCUCCUCCCAGGCGAGGACAGCCCCACGUUCGCUCGGGAGAUGGCCUCCCCCUCGGCAACGAUCAAAGCCGAAUGACGACGGCCAGGUGGAUGACCGCCCCGUUUCUCGCCGCUCCCCAGCGGAUUUCGAGGAGGAGGAGGAGGUGGAGGAGGAGGGAGAUCAACUUCGACGAACGGUUUCGGGAUCUGGGAGGUGGAGGAGGUUGGAAGGUCCCGAUGACGACCACGAAGACGAAAGAACGAGAGGAGGACAACGAUGGGAGGUGAAGAUCGAUCCGAUAAAAUUGGAAAUCGUUGGUAUUUUUUUUUUUUUUUUUUCGGUUUGGUAGAACGCCUCGUCGUCCUUCUCUUCGCGUCGAGCUCGAGAAACUUGGAUUUCGAGUCGAGUACAACGCUCGUUUAACAGUAUUACAGCGAUGAUACUUGUUCGUCUUCCCCGUUGCUUCUCUCGCGAGAUUCGUUCGGCGAAAUGUUCACCCGUCGCGUUUCCCCUUCGCGUCUCAACCGAGUUGAAAGGCUGUACGAUUCCACGGACUAAUUGUUUCCCCCUUCUCCCCUUUUUAAGUCCCAUAAAUAAUAUCGUUUUAAGAGUUCUUUUUUCGAGAAAAAAAAAACAAAAAAACAAAAAUAAAAAGCGUCACGAUAACUUUUGUACGUAAACGGUAAAAAUGUUUUUCCACAGAUGGAUCGAAUUUUGUUAAGGGGAGGGAAAAAAAAACAGAAGCAACGUUUCGACGAAAAGUUACGUUUAACGGUGAAAGAAAAGAAAAGAAAAAAAAAACAAUCGAUGCAUCAUCGAUCGGUAAUAAAGAUAAUUUUACGAAUUUCUUAUGAAACGAAAUUACUUAUGGAACACAUCUCGACAUAUCUCUUCUCUCGACAUCUCUCGUUUCACGCGAGUGUUAUUGAUUGUUGGAAUCUCUUUCGAUACCACCACUGCUCUCCCUCAAUCGAUACUCUUGCAAAUGAAACGGGAAUAAUUCGAAAGCAUUCCCGCCCUAUGAUUACGACGAUCGCGCCAAGGAUUGUUUAAAAUUAGCGUGAAUUUUCUCUCAUUGUGAUCGAGACAGAGAGAGAGAGAGAGAGAAAGAGAGAGAAAGGAAAAGAAACUUGUGCCAAAUUUUCACGAUCGUUAAACCGCGCUCGCGUAUAUCGGUUACGUAUAUCGGUCGAGUCGAGCGCGGGUCGAUGGGGAAGAUCGUUGGCGACGCUCUUUCUCUUCUUAGGGGAUCACUGGUUGUUUUGUUUUUUAAUUAACGUGGUUGUCUAUGGGGGGGGAAAAAAAAUGUUUCUAUGUUUAAAGGAAAAAGAAAAAGAUAAAAAAAAAAAAAAAAAAAAGAAACGAUAUUUAUUCGCGUCGAAGACGAUCUUCCUCGGGAUCCAUUCGUUGUUUUGCUCGACAACGAAAUUUGUCUCGUCGACAUUGAUCGACAUUGUUCAUUGACAUUGUGUUGAGAAAAAAAAGUAUAAUGCGAUCGAUAGAACUUUGUAGUUGUUAUAACGACUUUUUGAACAGGAGAGAGAAAGAGUGUGUUAUUUUAUUGCGCGUUGCGAAUAAAUCCUCCCGUUGUAAUUUAUCGAAAAAUCCGUUUGUUGCUCGCGAAGAUAGGAAAGCGGUAUCGAAGCGCGUUUCGCGACCGUGUCUCUCUCUCUCCCGAGGGAAUUUCAAAAUCUCGGGAAGGGAGACACGACGACGAGUUUGCUGCGCGUGAAGGGGAAUUGAAAAAGAUAAAUAAAAAAGAAAGAGAAUGAACAUAACCGUACCUGCAGAAUGAAAGAAACUUAAAGCAUAAUAAAAGCGUUUAGAUGUAACGUUAAUUAGUGGGUAACGUUUAAUAUUAUUAUUGCGUUUUAUUAUAAUUAUAAUUAUUAUUAUUAUUAAUUAUUAAUUAUUAUUAUUAUUAUUAUUAUUAUUAAUUAUUACUACUACUAUUACUAUUAUUAUUAUUAUUAUGAUUAUUAUGAAUAUUAAUAAUAUUAUUACCGAUAAUAAUAUCAUUAUUGUAAAAAAAUACUGUUUGGCGUGAGAAUGUUGCGAAACGCGUGCGCGAGAAAAGAUAGAAAAAUAUUUUUUUAUAUAUCGUCGAAAAGAGACUUGGCGAAAGGGUCCGAGAUUGGGAAGAGAGAGAGAGAGAGAGAGAAGCGAGCGCAGGACGCGAGUUGUCACACUUGGAAAUUAUUUCUCUUUUGUUUGUAUCGACGAAAAUUGUUACGAACGAUUAUAAUAAUCGAUCGGGGAGUUUUUCUCUUCCAAAUCGUCUCUCCAAUCGCUCUCUCCCGUAACGCGAUGAUGUGAAACACGCCCUCCCCCCCCUCGGGUGACCGAUCCGUUAACUGAUAAGCCAUUACUACGAAGCGCGGGCCGAUUUCGGGAAUAACUCACGGCGCGGACGAUCCACCUCACGAAAAGAAUACUCACGUUCUCGCGACCGAUUGGAUCGAGUUGAAGAAUCGAUCGCGGCGCCGUUCUCUCGACGGCAAUGCUUCGAAUUUAUAUAUACUUAAUUCGAACGAAAAUUGUUAUCCUUUUUUUUCUUUUUUAUCGAAGAAUCGAGUCGUUAACGUUAUUCUCGUUUCAAGUGAUACGAAGGAGAAGGGGAGUCUGUAAACGGCGGCGUCCACGACGUCCGUAUCGUCCACGAAGAGAGAGAGAGAGAGAGAGAGAGACUACACGGUGGUGUCAGCUACUUUAACCUUGCUCAACCUCGUUCGUUCGCCUUCUUCCUUGCCAUAACUCGGCACCGCUGUCCGGUGUGUCUUCUCCGUUCGUGGCCACGAUAAAACAGGUGGUGACGAAUAUCGCGAGUCACGCACGAUGCUCAUCCGUUAAUUAAUACAGGUGCGCGCGCACACGUUGUAUCGUUAUAUCGAUAUAUAUAUAUAUUAUAUAUACAUUCGCAUUCGAGAGAUAGCGGACUUGUACACCUACGUUGUAAUAAAACGCGUUGUUUCGGGGAAUGCGCGCAAAGGUGCGUUGAGUUUUGAGAAAGGAGCGCGCGCAGACAGGUAUGUAUAUAUCUGUAUUUUUGUAUACCGAGGUUUUUUUCUAAUUAGUCUUACCGUUUUAAGCGUUUCGAGGAAGAACGUUGUAAUUAGCCGUUAAGAGAAAAACUGUCGCUCUCUUGCUUGCCAUUUUAACACUUGCCUUUGUCGAUCGAGCGAUUACUCGGAAGGCGGCUUGCCGGAGCGGAGACAAGAGAAGGGUAUAUGAGAGGGAGAGACCUCGAGGCGGAAGGUCUUAUUCUUUGUUCCUGAAUCGAACGAAAUUGUUGAAUCGAAAAAAAUUUAUGAAAAUAUUUUCCCGAAUCGUGUGUGUGUGUUUUCUUUUUUUCGCGAGAAAUUGCAGUUUAUUUUCAUUUGACUUUUCUUUUCUUUUUUUUUUUUUUUCUUUCUUGGAACAUUCUUGUCGCCUUUUUUACUUUGAUCAUUGUAAUAUUUUUCUUCUUUUUCGUUUGAUGAGAGGGAGACGACGGAAAAUUUUCUUCUUCAAUCGCAAAGGAUAAAUUUUGAUUUAACAAUUUGAAUUAACGAACGAUUUUGAUUUCUAUCAGUUCUUUUAUUAUAUCGAGACGUCCGUCUCGAUAUCCAACCCUCGCGUGAUUCAGCCUUAAAAUUGAGAGAAUCUCUCGUGUCUCAACGAGUCCUUUUUUUCGCUUGAUGAGAUGGGAACGAAACGAAAUAGGAAAAAAAAAAAAAAAAAAAAAAGGGACGUAAUUGUAUAAUAAAAGAAGAAAGAAAAGAAUAAUGCACACGUUCUUUGUGUCUUCAGGCAAUUAAGCGAUCGCCGUGCCAGACAACCUGUUCUUGUAAUUAUUAACACUCAUUUAGCCAUUCGUACGAUUAUUUCUAUUAUUAUUAUUAUUAUUAUUAAUUAUUAUUAUUAUUAUUAUUAUUAUUAUUAUUAUUAUAUUAAUUAUUACGCCUAGUUACGUUGUUAAGUGAUUAAUCAUGUUUAAUGCUUCUAUUAUUUAUUUUGUUAUCCUAUUCGCAAGUCAAGCUUCCUAUUUUUCGUCCUAUUCUUCUUACAUUCUCCUUCUUCCCCCCUCCCCUCCCCUUGUUCCUCGUUUCAUGGAAAAAUUCCGCCCUGUCUCGUCGACCACGGGAUGAAAGAAGAAAGCUCCAAGAACUUGGAAAUUCGAAAAAUCGAUGUAAUCCGCAUUUAUUGUAAAAAGUUUCUCUUCGAGCAUUCUUCUUCGCCCUCCCCCUCCGCGUCAUUUUCCCCCUCCCCCGUGUAUCAUCGGGGUUUGGAAAGGGGGGAAAGAUGGAACGAGGGACGGCGAACGUUAUUGACACACGGCAUUAAUAUCCGCGGACGAUAAAUUCUCUUCUCGUUCCGUGACAUUCUGUUCACGUGUUUUUUUUUUUUUUUUUGUACAACGACGAACAAGUAAAGAUCCUAUAAAAAAAGAAGAAAAGAGAAAAAGAAACAAAAAAAAAUAUAUAUAUAUAUAUGUAUUUAUAUAUAUAUAUAUACAUAAAUGCUCACGAGGGUUUCUGUAAAUUAUUGAUGAUGACGAUUGUGUAUGUUAAUUUAUAAAUUAUGUUGUGUUUACCAAUCGUGCCAGAAUGGAAAAAAAAAAUAUAAUUUUUCAACGAAUCUAUCACGCGCAUUUUUCAUUUUUGAUCCUUCUCCCUACUCGUAGAUAUUCAUUCGUUCGUUCAUUCAUUCAUCUAUUUAUUUAUUUAUAUAUCUAUAUAUCUCUUUAUCUCGUCACGAUCAUUUUCACUUUUGAUUUUCUUUCCUUUCUCACGAUCGUUUCUUUUGUAUCCAUGGAUUUUAAGACUGUUGACUUCAAGAACGGUGCCGUGCCUUCGCCAGUGUAGCGUUUGAAGAAGAGCUUCGUCCAAUUAGAAUACAUAUCACCAAGAUAAACGCGCGAAAAGAAGGAAUAUUUUUUCACAAUCGGUGGCAAACGCACCAACCUUCCAAUCCCCUAUACUUUUCCCGCGCGAAAUACUUGCGUUCAAAAUAUUACAAUAUUCGCGCACAUGCGUCGUGCGGAUCGCCACGGAUUCCAUUUGCUUCGAGAAACGUUUGAGAAACGUUUCAUUUGUAUCAUUGUACGGGUUAAGUGAAAAAAGAAAAAAUUACGCUCCAAUUUACUCUCGAUACAAUCCCGCCAACAACGUGCCGAAUUCGAGGACAGUUGGAAUUAAUUUAGAAGAUGCGAGAAAAAGAAGAGAUCUCGUCGACUCGAUCGUCUUUUUUCACGGCCUUUUUCUUUUUUCUCCUCCGAGAGGAAAUGGGCUCGAACGGAUUUUGCGAUGUGCUCCUUCCUUUGUACCCUCGUUUCUACGAGCGAUGAUCCUUAAUAUCUGUACAUCGAACGAUAAAUCUCUGUAUGUUGCUGCACACUUACGAAAUAUGGAAAUAUAUAUAUACACGUUAAUUGUUUUCUA